UAUUCGCGUAACCCUUCACCCGAAGUAAAAGGAGUCGGUCUCGACACCAACACAUGGUGGCAGCGCGGAAAAACCCACCCCACCGAGGAAGAGAAAAGAUAGAACAGACACGUCGACGAAGAGGUUAGAAGCACAUUAGAAGAUGCCAGACGAACAGAAACCAAUACUGAUACCACAACUGGACCCACCGAAACCGUUUACUUUCCACGCGGAAGAUUGGAAUCGUUGGUCGCAACGAUGGGAAAGGUAUCGCCGAGCAGCAGGCCUUGCGCAGAGGUCGGAGGAAGACCAGGUGAACCUAUUAAUUUACUCCAUGGGAGACAAGGCGGAUGAUAUUCUAUUGUCCUUCAAAUUAAGUCAAGAGGAACUCAAAAGGUAUGACACGGUCAUAGGAAAAUUUAAGACCCAUUUCGGUGAGAAAACUAAUUUGAUAUAUGAGCGAGCGCGGUUUAAUCAACGCCGGCAGGACGCAAAUGAGAAUGUCGAUGAUUUUAUCGCGGAUUUGUUUAGUCUAGCAGAAACAUGUAAUUUUGGAGAUUUGCGCGAAGAAUUAAUAAGAGAUAGAAUCGUCGUAGGGGUAAGAAACACAAAGCUGUCAGAGGCUAUGCAGUUACAGGCCGACUUAACCUUAGAACGAGCCAUCACCAAAGCGCGACAGGCGGAUGAAGUCAAACGCCAGCAAAACGUGGUGAGAGGAUCAGACGCCUCAGUAAGCGGUAGGACGGAAGUAGAUUACGUUUAUCAAAAAGGAGCGAAUAGACGCUACAAAACGGCACCGAGGCAGCAGCAAAAAGGUAGGCCAAACGAUAACGCAUCACUCAAGAAGUGCGGCAGGUGCGGGCGCACACCUCAACAUGCAUUUGUAGAAUGUCCAGCAAGGCAGUCGGCAUGCAACCACUGUAAGAAAAAAGGACAUUGGGAAACAGUCUGUACCCUGAAAAAGAAGAAAGUAAGCGAGGUUAGAUCAAAAGAAGAGAUUAGCAAUAAAGAAACAUACACUGCAGCCGAUUCAGUAUUUGCAGAUCGAGUCAGGAAUAAAGCAACAGCAGCAGAUUACACACCGUGGAGAACGACGGUUAGCAUCGAGGGAAUACCGGUAGAUUUCAAGAUAGACUCAGGGGCCGACGUAUCGAUUAUAGGAGAAGCACUACGUAAAGAAAGUUUCAGUAACAUUUCAAUGCAGCAACCGAAAGACUUACGAGCGGUAGGUAACCUAAUUAUCCCAGUAAAGGCGAUGAUUGAAGCCAACAUGGAAUGGCGGGGUCAACGUUGCAAGGAGAAGAUAUACGUAGUACCGGGGGCCAAAGAGCCACUACUUAGUCGGACGGCCAUAGAGAAGAUGGGCAUCAUUCGAUGGGUGAACGCCGUCACUAAAAAACCGGAAGAUAGAUACCCAGAGUUAUUUAAGGGGUUAGGAUGCUUGUCCAGUCCCUAUACUCUGAGAUUGAAAGAAGGCGCACGACCGUAUGCAAUAACAUCACCGAGGAGGGUGGCAAUUCCGCUUCGCGAAGCAGUGCGGCGGGCGCUGAAUACGAUGCAAAAGGAAGGAGUUAUCAGCCCAGUGGAGGAACCAACGGAAUGGUGUGCCGGAAUGGUAGUCGUACCUAAACCGGGAGGAGACGUCCGAAUUUGCGUGGAUUAUACACAGCUUAACAAGAGCGUCCAACGGGAGAAGCACAUGUUACCAGUGGUGGACGAAACGUUGGGUCGUUUAGCAGGAGCUAAAAUAUUCACUAAAUUAGACGCAUGUUCAGGAUAUUACCAGAUAGAGUUGAAUGAAAACUCAAGAAGAUUAACAGCGUUUAUUACUCCGUUCGGGCGAUUCCAAUUUAAUAGAUUACCGAUGGGGUUGACAUCGGCAGGAGAGCACUUCCAAAGAAAGAUAAGUGACAUCCUGGAAGGAGCGGAAGGGGUUAGCACCCUGAUGGAUGAUAUACUGGUUUUCGGAGCCACGGAAGCCGAGCACGAUGAGAGAUUAGAAUAUGUUCUGCGAAGACUAAGAGACAACGGAAUUACAUUAAACAAAAGUAAGUGUAUAUUCCGAACCUCAAGCGUGAAAUUUUUGGGUCACGUGAUAUCAGCGGACAAAGGAGUGCAACCAGAUCCUGAGAAAGUUACAGCGGUGAGAGAGUUAGAAAGGCCGAAAUCAGCGGUAGAAUUACGCCGGUUUCUAGGGAUGGUGCAUUACCAUUUGAAGUUCUUGGGUCAUUUAGCGGACAUAGCGCAGCCCCUCAGAGAUUUAUUGAAGAAAAACCAGGAAUAUAUGUGGACGGCGGCCCAUGAUCAAGCGUUUAGUAAGAUAAAAGAAAUGCUGUCCGAAGCACCGACAUUGGUAUUUUUUGAUCCAGCCAAGAAAUCACGCGUAUCAGCGGACUCAUCCAGUUACGGACUGGGAGCGGUGUUAGAACAGGACAACAAGGGUACCUGGCAUCCCGUAAGCUACGCGUCGCGAGGAUUAACAGAAACGGAGAAAAGAUACGCACAGAUCGAAAAGGAGGCGUUAGCACUUACGUGGGCAUGCGAGAAGUUUUCCGAUUACAUAUUGGGAGCACAGAUAAUACUGCAGACAGAUCAUAAACCACUAGUAGCCCUACUAGGAAGCAAACCGAUAUGCGAAUUAUCGGCAAGGUUACAACGUUUUCGUAUGAGACUCAUGCGAUUCAGUUAUGAAGUGCAACAUGUACCCGGAAAGGAGCUAUAUACUGCGGAUACCUUAUCUCGGGCGCCACAAAAGCAAGGACUUAAAGAAGAGGACAUCUUAUUCGACCAAGACGUAAAAUCGUAUGUACAGGCAGUGGAGGCCGCAACUCCGAUAGGAGAUAAACUUCUGCAAGAGGUGGCGGAGACGCAAAAGCAAGAUAAUACAGCAAGUAUACUUAGAAGGUAUAUACGAGAAGGAUGGCCUAUCCACAAAGCGGACGUAGACAGGGCAGCAAGAGGGUUCUUCGAGCAUCGGGGAAACUUAGCGGAGCUCAAGGACAUCAUAGUUUAUAAUACAAGAGCCUACAUUCCGACCGGAGGGCUACGCAAACAGAUGUUAGAUCGCCUUCACACAGGGCAUCUAGGCAUAACUCGUUGCACGGACAGAGCAAAAGAAGCUGUCUGAUGGCCGGGCAUCAACACCGAUAUCAAAAAUUUGAUAUCUAAAUGCGAGAAAUGCAUUGAGCAUAGACCACAAGUGGUGGAACCAUUAAUGCCAAGCCAAGUA